AUGAAAAGGAAACACCAGGAGGCCGGGCCAUCGGGAAUAACCCCACGGAUGGCAAACCCCCCGGACAGACGAACACGACAGACACCACACAUACCGCUGCUACAGACACCAGGACAACCACCACACCUACACAGAUACGGUCUAGACGGUAUAGACAGCACAAACACACGAACAACACCCAUAAACACCACCACACGACGCACAUUACUGCCUACCCCGGCCGAAUACACGCAAACACUCACGAUCACACCCACGCACACCACAAAAACCACGACAACGAAAUACCACACACCUAAACCAACAACCACAUCAACACAACCAACCACACACAAACCACCCAUCACCACAACCACACGACGCACACUACUGCCUACCCUAGCCAAAUACACACAAACACUCACGAUCGCACCUACACACACCACGCCAACCACAACGACGUGA